AUGAGGGCGCGAUCUGACCUUCUAGCUCUUGCAUCCUCGUCCCAACCUGGCAAAUCCUCACUCAACCAACCCUUCUUUUCGCCGCCUUGCGAUGCCGCUACGCACCGGGACUCGGGUGCCUUGGUAGUCGCAGUGGCUCUGGCUGGACCUGGUGGGCAUGCUUCGAGUUGCACUCUUGCUGUUGCUGGUGGAGGCCCUGAAUGCCUUCUUCUUCCUCCGUUCACUACCACUGCCACUGCCACUGCCACUGUUGAGAUUUGCCUCCCAUACUUCCAGCCUUAA